AUGCCUGCAUCCUACCCAACCAAGUACUUUGGUAUUGAGCUUGGAACUCAAUCUCGUUUUGAUGAGCGAACCCAGGCUUCACUUCUUGACGGAUUUAAUGAUGCUGCUAAACUGGAUAGCCUUCUUCAUUGCAAGUGUGGCCGGUUUUAUUUUUGCAAAAAGCCCAAGGCGAUCAUGGCAAUCAACAAAAAGCAGAUGAUAGAGCUGAGAUGCGUUGCAUGUGGACUUGGAUCUAAUUUGGACAUGAAUGAUAAGCUCGCCACCUUCAACUUGAACAAUCCUCCUGGUGGAGCCAAAAAGGAUCCAAGGUCGACGCCGAUGCACUCUAGAGUAAAGAUGUUAUCAACAUGA